CACAGAGUAAUUGUGUGGGUGUGUUUGCUGUGGUUGUGUGUGUGUGAAUAAUUAUUCAUGUGUUCAUUUUCUUACACUGUUGUCAAAGUGUUUAAUUGUAAAUAAUGAAUUUCAAUGAACAAUAAGUUAAACUUUUUUAAUAGUUCGUGUUAAUAUCUUUUGAAAUAAGAUAAAGCCGAGGAAGUGUUAAAAUGGCGUUGAGCGCCGUGGCAGACGAAUAUUUUCGAACGAUGAACCCCCUUGCUACAAAAAUUCACGAAGACAUCACAGAAGCAAAGAAUGCAUACGAAAAUAUUUGGGAAACUCUUACUGAAAAGGAAAAGAUGGAAAUCAUAAAUGAAUCAAUAAUAAAACCUGAGAUAGCUCUCAAGUAUGCUCUUCUGGACACUUUAGAGUUUGACUUCAACGAUCCGCCCGUAAGGAAAGAUGAUCUCAUGUCCUUUUUUGGGAGAGAACACGGCCAGAGGAUCAUACAAGAUGAACACACUUCAUACAAGGAUGAACACUCAGCUCCCUUCCUUUACCAAACUAAAAGUCAGCUAAACCUUUGUAUUCUAAGCGAGCACAGAACUCCCAAAGAUGUGAAACCGACAUCACCUCUCCCAGUCAUGUCUGAGUUGGCCAUGUCACAUUCCAAAGUAGUCUCCGAGCUAAAGAAUGCUCUAAAAUCCCAUGAUGUUCUUAAGAGUUAUAAGGAAGACCAGGAAGUGACUUCACCUGGUUUCAUUACCAAGUUCAUGAGCAACUUCAAGAGUAAGGAUGAAGAGAGGGAAUGCUUGGUUGGAGGAGUCCCAACUCAGAUAGUCGCUUCAUCCGAUAACUUCUUCAAAACAAACUUCAAAAGCCCUCAGAACGACAGAUAUGACAGAGACUAUCGGAACAGUGUUGUGAAGUCUAGCAGUGAUUUAUCCGAAGAGAACCGUGGUCUCUUGUCUUCUAGCCAAGCGUCUUCAGGCACCGAUUUCCAGUCCACGGAGACCUUGACGGAAUCCACCUUGCCAAAGACUGGCUUCGACUUCUUGGACAACUGGUAAAUUUUCUGCAGUAAGAAGCCAUACCCCAUAUCUGUUCUAUUAUGCUUAAAAAAAGUGUUCCCUCCUUCGUACAAUCUGGGUUCCUUUAAGAGAGGCGUGAAGAAGCAUUUUUGCAGGCCGGCAAGGUGAGGAUGGUUGGUGUAGCAGUUUAUAACUGCUGUACCAGCUAUCCUCGCGUUUGGACUUUAUCACCACUUAACAUCAGGUGGGGUAGAGUCAUUUACCUACCUAGCUAUUAAAAAAAAUAGUUGUCGAGAACUGGUGAUUGCAACCUUGAGCCACCUAAACUUUAUUAAAAUAUGCGGAUUGUCGUACUCAGAGAGACACGAUUAAUUGUAAGUUUCAUGAAAGUUAAUGCUGCCUCUUUGCGAUAGCAAUAGAAGUAUUUAUUAGGAAGCACUCUUAUCAGCAGUGCCGUCUUUGACCUAUUGGAGGCCCUGGGCAUAUUAGGAUAAUGGGGCCUCUAUGACUUCCGUUUGGUGAUUUAACAGGAACUAGGGACUUUGUAUUUGAUCUGAGGGGGGCCCCUACCGAUCCCGGGGCCCUGGGCACUUGCCCAAAGUGCCCACUGGGAAAUACGGGUCUUCUUAUCAGUUAUAGGUAGCGGCAAACUUCUUCGGCAGAACCACAG